AUGGCCUUCGUCAAGCAAGUCGUUACCCUGAUGGGGAAAAACUUGCGAAUACUUUUACUACGGCACUUGGCUCUCUGCGUCUGGAUGGCUUUUGUUCUACCCAUCUUCCUCGCCUCUCUCUUCACCUUUACAAAGAACCUUCUUGUUCCUCCUGCGAAAUUCGGUAUCGGCCACCCAGGCCCAGUCUUGAACCUCACCCAAGCGUUUGAGAGUGCCCGCAGCAACGGCCGCCUAAAACUUGCUCUCGUCGACAAUGGCUUCUCAAGCGGAGAUAUCGACCGAGUCCUUCGUGGUGUGGAGAAUGAGAUCAACAAAGCUGCCGACUACAUCGAGGUUGUUCGGCUCAACGACCAAGACGGGCUUACGUCUGCGUGCCGUACCAACCUUAGGGGUGUGUCUAGGUGUUUCGGCGCAGUAGUUAUGGUCUCUUCCCCCGAUCAGGGUCAGGGGGGUGUCUGGAAUUACACUCUUCGCUCCGACGGCGCUCUCGAACAAGCCGUUGCCAAGUUCAACAUUGACAAGAAGGACAAUGAUCAGCAAGUUUACAUGGCACCCAUCCAGCGCACCGUUGACCAGGUCAUUGCCCAGCUCAACUCGAGCUCCAACAGUGGCAAGUUGGCCAAUACUCAGCAGUACCCUUUCACCAGCCUGAGCCAGGAGGAACGUGACGACAAAAUUCGGCAGAUGUUCCAAAAAACCAUCAAGGGAUGGAUGGGCGUUGCUUUUCUGGGAACUGUUGUUUGGGUAUCGUACCACCUUACAGGAUUCGUCGCUACUGAGCGCGAAAGCGGCAUGUCGACGCUGAUCGACUCCAUGAUGCCAGUACGGAGGCCCUGGCUUGCCAUGACGGCACGAAUCCUCGCUCAUCAUUUUUCCUUCUCCCUUGUCUACCUUCCAGCUUGGGUUAUUGGGUCCCUGAUCGUGCGCAGCGGCGUUUUUGCCAAUACCAAUGUUGGAAUAGUUCUCAUAUUCCACAUCCUCGGCGGUCUGGCAUUCUCCUCCAUGGCACUGCUGUUUGCUUCUUUUUUCAAAAAGGCUCAGCUCAGCGGCAUCACUGCUAUUCUUUCAAUCGCUCUACUUGGAAUCCUAGCCCAGUCCCUUACUUCCCCUAGAACCGCCGUGGUUGCUGUUCUAUCGUUCUUUUUCACACCCUGCACCUUUGUCUACUUCCUUACAUUCAUGGCGCGUUUUGAAGAAGAGGACAAGCCCACCAACCUCGGCGCGGUGGCUCCGAAAAGUCCCUGGAACAUCUCUGGUAUUGUUCUCUGGGUCUUCCUGAUCAUACAAAUCUUCGCCUAUCCGCUGAUAGGGGCGCUCAUCGAACAUGCCCUCUACAGUAAUGAUACACCAGGCCGCAAGGUGCUGCUGAAGCAGGACAAGGUGGAUGCUCUCGGGGGGAUUGCUGUACGGCUGCAAGAGUUCACCAAGAUAUACAACCCUAGUAUUUUCUCUCGGAUUUUCAAUCGAGGUUCCAAGAGGAAGCAGCCCGUUGUCGCCGUCAAUGGACUAAACCUGGAGGUCGGCCAAGGACAGAUCGUUGCCCUCCUUGGCGCAAACGGGAGCGGGAAAAGUACAACACUUGAUGCCAUCGCGGGAAUGAGCAAGUUGACGAGCGGAUCCAUACACAUUGAUGGGAGAGCUGGUCUAGGCAUUGCUCCUCAAAAGAACGUACUCUGGGACGACCUGACGGUAGAGGAGCACAUUCGGAUCUUCAACCACCUCAAAGCCCCGAAUGCCCGCGCCACUACUGACGCUAUCAAUGAGCUCAUCAAAUCUGUCGAUCUUUGGAAGAAGCGAAAGGCUUUUGCCAAGACUCUCUCCGGUGGCCAAAAGCGAAAACUUCAACUGGGGAUGAUGUUGACAGGUGGAAGUGGUGUCUGCUGUGUCGACGAGGUCAGCAGUGGCAUCGACCCUCUUUCAAGGCGCAAACUCUGGGAUAUCAUUUUGGCUGAACGCGGUCGCCGAACAAUGAUUCUGACCACUCAUUUCUUGGACGAGGCUGAUCUCUUGGCUGACCACAUCGCCAUCUUGUCCAAGGGAACUCUGCGCGCUGAGGGCUCGUCUGUGGCAUUGAAGGAUAGCUCGGGUGGAGGAUACAAGGUUCAUGUUUCCAAGGAUACGGUCACCGGGAGCAUGCCUGAUAUUGAGGGCGUUGAGAAGAAGGAUGCCUUUGAUCUUGUCACUUAUGUUGCACCCACGUCACAGCUUGCGGCUACCAUCAUCAAGGAACUCGAAGCUGCUGGUAUCGACGAAUAUCGGUUUUCUGGACCCACCAUUGAGGAUGUCUUCCUUCAAGUUGCAGAAGAGAUCAAGGACGAAGAAGCUUUCCGCAAUGCCAGCGCUGCCGCGAACGAGAAAGCGUCGUCGGAUGGGGAUGACAGUGGCAACCGAGGACUGAAACUCAUGGACGGACGAAGGGUUGGAUAUGUGGAGCAGGCCGUCAUUCUCUUCCGCAAGCGCUUGACUAUCAUCAAGCGGAACCGGCUUCUGUACCUUUUCGCAUUUAUCCUCCCCAUUUUCGCCGCUGGGAUGACCUCGCUUUUUGUCCAAGGAGAGGAUCCGCCCACCUGCAAUCCAGCAGAUCAGUCCACCCGGAACGCAGCGACCGAAGAUGCCUUCAGCCAGGCCGAUAAAGAUACAACCAUAACACUCAUGGCUGGGCCUUCGUCAAAGAUUAGCACGGAUGCUUUCGCACGAGUCAUCGCGCCUCUCAUGGCUGGCUUGCGCAGUGGCCCUGCGGCCACAUCCGCUGUGUCGAAAUUGAAGAUUGUUGAUACUUUUAGCGAGUUUGAAAGCUUUAUCAAGGAUCACCCGAAAAACAUUACCACGGGCUUCUGGCUGGGAGAUGAGAAGCAACCCCCGACCUUUGCCUGGGUUGCGAAUCUUUUCCUCACCAGUCCCCUUCUCGCUCAGGGAUACCUCAACACUCUCUUGACAUUGGUCCCCAUUGGUACGACAUGGGCUGCCUUUGAACGCCCUAUUAGUGCGACGGCGGGCGAUGCUCUGCAGCUUGUUGUGUACAUGUGUAUCGCUCUGUCAGCGUAUCCUGCCUUCUUCUCCCUCUACCCCAGCAACGAGCGCCGCAGGUUUGUUCGUGGCCUGCAAUAUUCGAAUGGUGUGCGACCGUUCCCUCUUUGGAUUGCCUAUCUGCUUUUUGACCUCAUCAUUGUUCUGGUCAGCUCUGCCCUUGUCACGGUCAUUUGGGCUGCCGUUUCCAACAUCUGGUUCAACCUUGGCUAUGUCUUCCUGGUCCUAUUCCUCUACGGCAUAGCUUCUACACUCUUUGCCUACCUGAUAUCCCUCUUCACCAAGACCCAGCUAGGGACAUACGCCUGGGCAGCAGCUACGCAGAUGUUUGUCUUUGUCGUGUACAUUAUUGCCUACAUGUCAGUGCUUACCUACACCCCCGUCACAAGGGUCGAUAGCAGCCUGCGCAUCGUUCACUUUGUUGCUUCUAUAUUCGCGCCGAUCGGGUCCAUGGCAAGAGCUCUCUUUGUCACCACAAAUCUGUUUUCUACUGCUUGUGAUGAGAACACGGUCACUACAAACCCGAGCGGUAUUCUCUACUACGGCGGCCCUAUUCUAUACCUCAUUCUGCAGUCUUUCAUUUUGUUUGGUUUAAUCAUUUGGUUCGAUACUGGAUCGGCCGGUGCCUCGCUCAGGGGCCUCUUUGAAGGUCGGAGGAAGAAAGCCGAGACUGAGGAGGAAACUCCAAACGAAGAUGUCGUGGAUGAGCUCGGCCGACUUACGGACAACGCAGACGACAAUGGCCUUCGAGUGAUGCACCUCACAAAGAGCUUUCGCAGAAAUACUGCUGUCGACAACGUUACUUUUGGCAUCAAGCGGGGUGAGGUGUUUGCACUCCUUGGUCCCAACGGCGCUGGCAAGUCCACCACAAUCUCACUCGUACGAGGCGACAUCAGACCUGAUCACAACGGUGGCGAUGUUUUCGUGGAAGAUGUCUCUGUCACCAAGAAUCUUGCUGUGGCACGGAAGAAUCUUGGAGUGUGUCCCCAAUUCGACGCCAUGGAUCAGAUGACGGUGCGUGAGCAUCUCGAAUUCUACGCCAAGAUUCGGGGCAUUCAAGAUGUGGAACAUAACGUGAAGGCUGUCAUGCAGGCCGUGGGACUGGAGUCAUUCUCGAACCGCAUGGCGAACGCUUUGUCUGGAGGAAACAAGCGAAAGCUUAGUCUUGGAAUUGCACUGAUGGGGAAUCCUACUGUUGUGCUACUGGAUGAGCCUUCGUCUGGCCUUGACGCGGCCUCGAAGCGUGUCAUGUGGAAGACAUUGGAGUCGACUGUCCCUGGACGGUCGAUUCUUCUCACGACUCACAGCAUGGAGGAGGCUGAUGCGUUGGCCGGGCGCGUUGGUAUUCUUGCUCGGCGAAUGUUGGCUAUGGGAACACCAGAUGGACUCCGACAUCGUUUUGGAGAUGCUCUUCAUAUCCAUCUUGUUUCUACCAGCGCACCGCGUACAAGUCAAGAUGAGAUGGCUCGCAUCAUCAACUGGAUCCGGCAGACACUACCGUCAGCCGAGGUUGAAGAGAAGACGUAUCAUGGGCAGAUUCGUUUCUCCGUCCGCGCAAGCCAGGUCAUUGCAGCGACCUCUGGCCGUGACGCUCAAGAGAUGGAGAAGAGUGGUGAGGAUCUCAGCCAGAGCGCAAUUGGACACCUGGUUGUCCUCUUGGAAGAGAACAAGGUACAGCUAGGCGUGGGCCAUUACAGUGUCAGCCCGACAACACUGGACCAAGUGUUCCUUACGAUCGUAGGGAGGCACAACGUCAAAGAAGAGAACUCUGAGGAGAAGCCAGAGAGCUUCUGGAGAAAGGUUUGGAUGUUUGGACGGUCUUAG